UUAGUGACGGACUGAACACAAACGAAGUUGGAACGCAUUGAGGAUAGAAGUUAACUUUACUCACAAAUAGAAUUCUGUGAUUUAUUAUCAGAAUAUUUUUGUUUAUUAGCACCAUGUCAUCAGACGCAGACAUACAAACGACGUUGAGAGGGUUUUUCUGCUCUUUGUGUAACGCUAAUUUACCGAACAUGCCGAGUGUGGAGCAGCAUGUGAAGGGGCGGAAGCAUCAGACGCUGAGCACCGUACGAAGUACAAGAAAAACUCAAGAGGAGCACAGUGUGUUCGUCAGUGGCAUCAAGCCUGAAAUCUCUCAGACAGACAUCACUGAGUACUUUGAGCAGUUUGGGCCUGUCACCGACGUCAUCAUGGAUAAAGACAAGGGUGUAUUUGCCAUCGUGCAGUUCAGUGAGACCGACAGCAUCCAGGCAGCUCUGUCCUGUGUAGAGCACAAGAUGAAAGGUCUGAAGCUGCGAGUUAAACCUCGGGAGAAAAAGGAGUUCAAGUUGAUUCCCAAGAAGAAAAAUGACCCCCAGAACCUUCAACAAGUUCUUGAUCGUCUCAAACCAGACUUGUGUCAGCUGGGAUCUGUGGAUGCCCAGAUGAAGUUCAUAGUUGAGCGGUUUCAGCUCGGAGAAAAUGAGAAGAAGGCCCGAAGCUUGUUGAUUCAACUCCUUCAAGAAGUAUUUGUUGAAUUUUUUCCAGACAGCCAGGUUCUGCCAUUUGGUUCUUCUGUAAACACUUUUGGCAUUCACUCRUGCGACUUGGACCUUUUCCUGGACCUCGAAAACACCAAAGUGUUCCAAGCCCAAGCCAAAUCCACCAUGCAGCAGUCAGGUGAAGGAGUGUCAGAUGAUGGCCGCUCUGAGGACUCCAUCCUGUCUGAUAUUGACCUGUCCACCGCUUCUCCAGCUGAGGUUUUGGACCUCGUGGCAACCAUCCUGAAUCGCUGCGUCCCCAGCGUGCACAAAGUCCACGUGGUCAGCACCGCUCGCCUCCCUGUCGUCAAGUUCCACCACCGCGAACUGAACCUGCAGGGGGACAUCACACUGAACAACAGAUUGGGAGUGAGGAACACUUGCUUCCUCCAGUUGUGCUCAGGAGUGGAGGAAAGGCUGCGGCCUCUCGUCUACACCAUCCGCUACUGGGCCAAGCAAAAGCAGUUAGCUGGUAAUCCCAGCGGCGCCGGCCCCCUCCUCAACAAUUAUGCUCUGACCCUGCUGGUCAUCUUCUACCUGCAGAACUGUGAUCCUCCUGUCCUCCCCACUGUCGACCAGCUCAAAGACAUGGCCUGUGAGGAGGAGGAAUGUGAGAUUGAAGGCUGGAACUGUACUUUCCCCAGCCAGCCUAUAGCCGUGCAGCGCAGCAGAAACACACAGGACCUCUGCUCCCUGCUCUCAGGCUUCUUCUCCUUCUACGCAAAGUUUGAUUUUGCCGCUAGUGUGAUAUCCCUUAGGGAGGGUCAUACACUUCCAGUCGUGAACUUCCUCGACCAGACUAAAGAGGAUGAGAUAGUGCAAGAGGAACAGCGUACAAAAAGCCAUCCACACCGUCCCAAACUUGGCCCCUUAAAUCUCCUGGACCCCUUUGAGCUCUCCCACAACGUUGCCGGAAACCUGAACGAGCGCUCUCUGCGCAGUUUCCAGAAGGAGUGCCAGGAGGCCGAAAAGUAUUGCCGCAGCCUGCAGUUCCAGCACAAGUCCACCAAGGGGAAGUCAUGGGGGUUGGUGCGCUUGUUUACCCCACACGUGGAAGUCGAGCACAACAAGACAGAGCUGCCGACCAUCAGUAUCCCCUUCAAGCCGGCGGCGCUGCCCCAGGUGCUGGGUGACGAGCUGCACGUGACCGGAGAUGUCUUCAGGCUGUGGUUCCGGAGGGUUUGCUCGGCUGUGGAGGUUGUACUGAAAACUGUUCUCAAGUGUCACGUUGACGCCCCCCAAGACAGCGAAUUUAGUGAGGAUGCAGCUGUCGGUGCUGAGGAUAUGGAAACGACAUCAGCUUCCAUCAAUGCAUCAUUAAAUGACAGCGCUGCGAGUGUUGAGUCUCAAAACGAAGCCAGCCCUCCACGCCCAGCAGACGUUGGCUCCAAGAGGCCUCUGUCUUCUGGCAGCGACGACACGGUGUCACCUCAUGGCAAGAAGCCGAGGUUGGCAAAAAGGAGGAGGCCUGAAAUCCCUCCAUGGACCUGUGUGCAGAAGCACGCUGUGUGGGCUGGCAGGAGGAAAGUGCGAAGGGAGCUCAUGAAAGAUGCGGACUGUAAGCCAGAGGGCAGCUGUGUGGAGCUGGAGGCCCAAGUCACAGCUCACAUCACGGAGAAGGAGCCAGAGCUCAGGGAGCCUGUGGAAUUCAGAGUUCAGCUCCUGAUGGUCGGCGGGACAGAAAACACCAAGACGCUGCUCAAGUUGGAGCCAAGCAACGACAAGGCGGGAGAUUUUCAGGACUUCUUUCACUUCCUGGAAGGUUUCUUACCCAAGAUGGUGGAGACAGUGCUGCUGAAGGAAGAGGGCAGUGCAUAAAGUUCGGUUUCUGUUGCAUCCAACAAAUUUUCUGAAAACUAUUUAAAACUGAGGACCUUCUUUGUGUAUGGAGCGGUUUUGCAGAGUCAGCACUGUUGUGUGAAUUUUACUCACUCGAUCAUCAGUUUUAAUCACAUAAUUUUAGUUCAACAAUGUGGUACAGCAUUAGGCUGGCAGUGUAUUCAACAUGCUUCUGUCUGCCUGAAAGCCUCUAUUCAGUCAGAUCUUUGCUGCAGCAGCUGAGACAGAUGAGAGUAAUUACUCAGAGUGGCAGCCUGCUUUAUUACAGCAGGACAACUGGAGCUGAGUGAUGCACACAGCCCCCACGUGCUGAUUAACAACAUUCAUCUCACUUUUUAAAKGGAAGUGACCAGAAGCAAGAGAUCUGAGGGGCGUCCCAUGUGCUAAUCUGACACUGCCUCAUGUUAUUGAUGGGAUGUUUGUUUGGUGGUCUUCUAAAUAAAGUAAAAAAAAACCAGAAGAACACAGG